CAAAAUGGCGACAACUGUCCAGACAAUAGCGGGACUGUCCCUACUUGUUCACACUUUACUGUUUACGUCUCUGAAUCUCUACAUCUACUUCCGGUCACAGUCUCUCAAUCUGGAAUAUCAGCAAGAGUCUGAGGUCCUGGAUCUACUGAUAGAAAACUGUGAAACACAUAAUGAAGAAUGGAGUCUGGAUCAAAUCAACGAUCUCCAUGGUUUAUACCCUACCAAAGAGGAUGUACACAUCAAACCCAAAAAGAGACAGUUGUCUCCCCUAGAAAUGAUGAUGGCAGACCUCCUUAAGGCUCAGGAAAUGGUUCUGGAGCAACAUUGCAUCAAUAACACAAGGCUAUGUGUGCACGGUGCAAAUGGAGAAAUUGGAGUCUCUGGUUUAAAAGGUGCCCCGGGGGAGAAGGGGGAUCCUGGACUUCAACCACAAAGAGCCCCUCCAGGUAUGUCUGGACGGAAAGGAGAUUCCGGAAUGAAAGGCGAAAAAGGAGUCAAAGGCCCAAGGGGAAGUAUUGGAGAACUCGGCGAAAAGGGUGAUAGUGGAUUAAAGGGACCAAAAGGAAACAAAGGUGAUAUAGGAGAUAAGGGCUCCAUUGGAGAUCCAGGUGUUUCUGGUGAAAAGGGUGAUGUGGGACCAUCUGGACCUCCGGGUGAUCAGGGUGACCCAGGAAGAUCAGGAGAGAAGGGCGAUAUUGGACCUAAAGGAUUCCAAGGACUUCCGGGUGAUAAAGGUGACAAUGGCCUUAAAGGAACUCCAGGGAAAGAUCUUGAUCCAAAGUGUCUAUGUAAAGCUCCAAAACAAAGGAACCACCUUAUUCAGAGCAGAAUUCUAGACAGAGUCAUGAUGGCAUGUCCAAUAGGCAAUGGAACUUUGGUUAAUGUUACAUGGUCGAAGGAAGGGUCGUCACAAGUUCCGGUGAGAAUGGUCAAAAAUGGAAACGAUCUCAUGAUACCGGAAGUGUAUCCAGGGGACGUUGGGAUAUACAAGUGCAAUGCGCAGGUAUUAGAUUCCAAUGGCAGAAUUGUAACAGUACAGAGAAACUUCGAAAUUAAGACACCAACAGGCGUCGACCGUCAUGACUGUGAUUUUGAGAAAGACCUCUGUACCUGGACACAGAGCAAGGGAGAUAACUUUGAUUUGUUACGUCAUCAAGGAUCCACCAUAACAGCAGUGACGGGUCCCACUUCUGACCACACGAUAGGUGGAACCCCUGGUGGACACUACCUGUUCAUGGAGUCAUCUGACCAACAAAAAGGAGACAAGGCCGUUCUGGUAUCCUCGGAUUUUUUCAAUACCCAGCCACAGUGUUUGACGUUCUGGUACCACAUGUUUGGCAGAGAUACAGCGUCAUUGAGUGUCAUUCUGCAAGGAAGUUCUAACACCACGAUUUGGACAAAAUCUGGAGAUCAAGGGAAUAGCUGGCAAAGAGCCAUUGUCGAAAUUCCUACGUCAUUGAAACGUCACCAGGUUCUGCUAGAGGUCACAGAGGGCACUAGUUACCAUGGUGAUAUUGCUAUAGAUGACAUCAUUGUUCUAGAUGGACCUUGUACUACAUUCAACAAAACCCCACAGUGAUGUGACUAUGACAUUUGAAGAUUUGUAUUUUAUUUAAAUAUAUGUACCUAAAAAAAG